CCUCCACCCGCCGACACCACCUCCGCUCUCCCUUCGACCCAAUUGCGCGCCCGCCCGCCCCCGAAACCGCCUGUCCAGCUUUCCGCCCGGCCAUUGAGCAGCCAUGUCCUUCGUGCGCGCCGCAUCGAGGGUCUCCCGCGUGGGCCUGCGAGUUCCGGCCUACCGCGCCAGCCCCGUAGCCUGGACCGCCCAGCGUGCUUUCUCCCAGUCGGCCAUCCGAUGCAGCGAACACGCCGAAGAGACGUUUGAGGAGUUCACUGCCAGAUACGAGAAGGAGUUUGACAAGGUCAACGAUGUCUUCGAGCUCCAGCGAAACCUGAACAACUGCUUCGCCUACGAUCUCGUCCCCUCGCCGACGGUCAUAACCGCCGCUCUCCGCGCUGCGCGCCGCGUCAACGACUUCCCUUCCGCUGUCCGGGUUUUUGAGGGCAUCAAGUUCAAGGUGGAGAACAAGACCCAGUACGAGGAGUACCUCCAGGAGCUCGAGCCCAUACGUGAGGAGCUCGGCAUCCCGCUGAAGGAGGCCAUGUACCCGGAGGAGAAGUAAACUCCUCGUAUCAGUGCAAUGCCUCCCUCCCAGAGGAGUAACUCAACGCGACUACCAAUGUCACCAUUUCGAUUUCUUAGAGUCUAGAGGGAUGGAAGACGAGAUGGGAGGGAUGGAACGCUGUACUAUAAGUGUGAGUUUGUACUGCAGCCUGGACGGGAUCGAGGGUGUGGAAGGGGACGUAGAGCGGUACGCCGCUGUAGUUGCUGUACAGAGUUCCUUUUUGCUUCC